CCUGACCACCAUAAUCUAUCCUAGAUUAGGAUAUUCAGAAAUCAAACAAAGCACAGUGUAGAUAUGGAACAAAUGCUUCCCGUUCCGUCUCCCGUCUCAUCGUAUUGGCUUAGUCAACCGCACAAAUUCAGCAAUCUACGAUCAACAACCGAACUACCCACACAAUGUGAGGUUGCAAUCAUUGGUUCUGGAAUGGCCGGGAUCACCACUGCCUACCAUCUCUUCAACCAAAAGCAACCACCGUCAAGUGUUGUAAUAAUCGAGGCUCGCGAGUUGUGCUCCGGUGCAACCGCCCGCAACGGAGGACAUUCGAAGAUCAAGCUUUCCACGCUUGCAAGCCAAGUAUCAAAUCUGGGCCAAAGUGGGGUAGACGAGCUGCAAAAGUUCGUGCAAGGCGUUAUCGCGAGCUUAAAGCAAGUGGCUGAAGAUGAAGAGCUGGACUGUGAGCUUGAGAUCCGCCGGAGUUUUGACGUGCAAUUGGAUGGUGAAGAUGCGGCCUCUUUGAAAGAUAUAUUUCAGGCUAGCAGAAAAGCAGGCCAUACCUGGACGAAGGAUGUCGGCUUCGCUCUACCACGAUUUCUCGAGCAAGUGACUUCAAUCAAGGGCGCAAAGGCGGCUGAAAGUGUUCCUUGUUGCUCGCUCUGGCCGUACAAGUUUGUGGCACAAUUGCUGGAGCGCCUUGUUGCUCGGUAUCCGGGGCAGCUGAACGUGCAGACGACAACACCAGUCACGGCCGUGUCUGUGCUGGCAGACGGGACAAACGCAAUCACUACGUCGCGAGGGGUUCUGAAAGCGAAGAAGUUGGUGUUCGCGACGAAUGCGUACACAGCUGGUCUCCUUCCGCAGUUCAAGGAUGUCAUUGUGCCAGUACGCGGCAUGGCGUCGCAUAUUGUGCCGAAGGUCCCGGUGCAUCCACAUCUUUCCCAUACCUACAACAUCACUUUCAGUUCUGGCCAAGCAGCCGACUACCUCAACCCGCGGCCAGAUGGAAGUAUCGUUGUUGGUGGAGGAGGUUCGAUGUUCAAGUCUGACCGGCCAUCAUGGUUUAACAAUUUCGACGAUUCGACUCGGUUCAGCAGCGAGGUAGAAACGUACUGGGACAACUACAUGCAGCGCGUGUUUCUUGGCUGGGAGAACAGUGAAGCAGAGGCGGAGAAAGUUUGGACUGGAAUAAUGGGCUCGACGCCGGAUGGCUGGCCACAUAUCGGACGCGUUCCCGGCCGAGAGAGCCAGUGGGUACUUGCUGGAUUCAAUGGCGGCGGCAUGUCGUUCAUUCCGACUGGUGCGAAAGCGGUAGCAAAGAUGGUAGCAGAGGACAGCGACUUGGUCGAUGUAAAGGACGAGUUCGGCAUACCGGACAUCUUUGCAACGAGCACAGAAAGGCUACGAAAAGCAUUCACGGAGACACGAUGAAGCGCCGGAUGAUUCAGAUGCUGUUGAGGUGGUUGUUCGGUAGCUUUCACACCGAACCUCUGGGCGCGCCUGCCCCGCUAGGCCCCUCCAAAUGACGCCAGUGGGGUCGAGAGCUAUCGUGAUCUUUCACAAUUUUAGUACCCUGGCCCAACAUGGCGCUCCAUCUGUAGCUGUCUGCACUCCUGGAUUUAGGUAAUGCCGUCUCGCGCUCAGCCACCUAGGCUCAUUGCGCAUGGGGGUGGCUGGCUGGCUACUUAACCGCCUGCCUGCCCCUGCGCAUGUGCAAUUCUAAGCACUUCCUCAUACGACCUAUUUUCUCUGCAAAGCAUAUACCUUCACGAUGUCUUCCGGCAAGACCGUCACUCUGAACACGGGCCACAAGAUCCC